AUGGUAAAUUAUGCUACAGCAAUACCACUUCUUCCCUUGGCUACACCAAAAAUCACUUUUGGGUGCCCAACGUUGGAUCGUAUGUUCGGAGGAGGCAUACCUGUAGAGAGUAUCACCGAAUUCGUUGGUGAAAGUGGCUGUGGGAAGACCCAGUUCAUGUUACAACUAGCUCAGAACACGCAGUUGCCAGAAACGCUUGGUGGCCAAUCCAGAAAAUCACUAUACCUGAAUGCCGAGUUUGCGUUCCCAAUCGAGCGGCUAAACGAAAUUGCGUCCAAUAACCCCUUCUUCAACAGUUUUCCGCUGGACAGGGUAUUCAUCAAGUUCAUUGAAUGCGUGGACGAGCUUCUCCGAAUUCUUGCUGUUGUGGUCACCAAUCAGGUAGUUGACACGAUAGACGGAAACGAUCAAGUCAGAAUCGACAACAUUCCAAGUAUAACAACUUCCGAUCGCACAGUCGUUUGUGUUAACACGCAUUUCGUCAUUGUCAAAUUAGUAGUCCGGGAGAAGGUGAUAAAUGACAAACAGCCUUCGUCGAGUGCAUCCGAAGAGACUGCCCCUCGUAGCUUACAAGUUGUGUUUGCCCCACAUAUUGGGAAGGUAAAUUGUGAGAUUGUUAUUAAUCAUGAUGGGAUAUCCGGUAUCGGUUCCGCCUAG